AUGGCCAAGAAGUCAGCUGUUCGCAAAUGUUGCGCCAAUGCAAAUCAGCCAAAAAUUUUCUUGAAAGAUAUGCUGCAAUGCGGCGUAUUGGGCGCUUCACAUCUGCCAAUUAUAUUGGGAAUAUUAUUUUCGAUCAAUCUAGGCGCUACUUACAUCCUUGCCGUGCUUGACUCAGAUGUGGAGCCAGUGUUCCCAUAUCUCUCUGCAGCAGGAGACCAUCGCCCAGAAUCAUGUAUUUUUGGGCUGCUACUCAACUUGUCCACUUUCAUCUCUCUGACCAUUAUAUAUCUGAGGUACUCUCUUGUUGCUGUAAUUGUUCGCGAUGCUGAUCCAGACUGGGUCAUAGAUGGCUUGAAUAUGGCCAGUUUCAUAGUGGGUAUGAUCGGAGGCUCUUCUAUGUUCAUCAUAGCCAAUUUUCAAGAGACGGCUAUAAUUGGUGUACAUCUGCUUGCCGCAUGUGUGUGCUUCGGUUCCGGAUGUAUCUAUAUGGUACUACAGUCGAUAAUCACCCUCAGAAUGUAUCCGUUAUUCAACAAUCGACGCAUCGGCAUUAUUAGAAGCUGUAUUACUGCUGUUUCAGUUGUCGCAUUCUUCGUAGCUCUUGGAUUUGGAAUCUACGCGGCUCACGUUUUUCACUCAUACUACCCAGAUCUUCCGACUCCUCGCCCAUGGAAUAAAAAGCUUUGGCAGCCUGGAUAUAACUACCACAUCGUAUCCGCUGUGGCUGAAUGGAUCAUGGCGAUAACCCACGUCUCGUUUAUCAUCUCUUAUGCUCGCGACUUUGAGAAACUACGUGUUUCGUUGUAUGUCGAAUCUCUUGUAACACAUUUGGAUCACAGUCCGAUUAUGCGAUCGAUUAACGAUUUGAAUGAGUAUUAAUUUGUACAUUGUGCAUUAUAUUUGGGCAUAUCCGGUUUUGGCAACUAUCCAAAUGCUUUACGCCAGUAAUCAUGCAUAAUUCAGGGAGUUGCUAGCUUCAUCACCGUACUUAACUAGAUUAGUGCUUGAGAUUUAUAUGUAAACUUGAAACAGAAGAUCCAAACCUGUUUUUUUCCACAUUCAAAAUGUGCAUAUGUUGAGCAACUGAAAUGGAAAUAUGUGCGCUUGCACCACAAUUUUAUCCACAGCAUGCAAAAAAAAAAAACCGCUACAUCCAAGGACUGUUGCCAUAAAUGAGCUUGAUUUUUUCGUAAAACUUUUCUUUAUGAUAAAAGCUUUUCUUCCUUCGAUUUGAACCCAGGUAGUCUGCAAAUACACAUAUUUCCGUUUUGGCCACUCAAAUACACUUAUUUACCGAAGUUGUUUAGUGUUCCUACUCACUACAUUUGGUGAUAAUUAUUUGUCAACGAAUUUGUACACACGUAGUUGAUGUGACUUUUCCAUUUGCACUUUUACGCUCACUCUUUACUGGUUGGUAAUUGACUGAUUAAUAUUGUACACUUCCGCUAUUAGUGGUAGUUUUGCGGUCAAUAGCAGAUGUCCUCAAUAUUUCGAUUGCUGAAAAUAGAAUCGUUUCCAUUUGAUGUUCUGUCGUCGGGUUCAAACCGCAAAAUCGAUCAUUUUACAUAAAUAAUCGAAUUAUGUGGAAGGAAUGAAG